UAUAUUAUUAUACAGUUUGAUAAUUAAUACUAUUAUUCUUAAUUUUUAGAUUCUAAUGGUGAAAUAGUAAAUAGUCAGCUUAUAAAUGAAAAUAAAGGUGAAACACAAAGUAACUUUAAUAUUACUACGCCAAUAACUAAACAACCAAUGCUAAAUCGAAAUUUGUUUGAUUGCUUCUCUGAACCCAACACAAAAAAAAAGAUUGCACCAAAUAGUGAUGGUGACUCUGCAGAUAUUCCAUCAAUAUUAAACGUCAAUAAGAUUAAACAUGAUGAUCCUAACAACUACAAUUAUGCUAAACAAUCGCUAAGGAUUUGUACAAACCUGAAAUAUGACAUCAAACGUCUUCAUGAUGGGCAAGACUAUCUAAAAAUGAUGCUCGACAAAAUAUUUAAUCAACUAAAUAAUCAAACAAAUUCAAAUAGUGACAGUUGUUCCUUAAAUCAUUAUGAUAUACCACAUGUAACAAAUGAGAAUGAUUUAAAUGAAUGGGAAGAUACUAUAAAAGACUCAUCAUAUUUGUCAAAAAUUGCUCAACAACUUUCACUUAUGGGUAGCCAUAGUAUAUCAGAAACAGUAAGAAAGUUAAUGCAAAGAUUGUUUUCUGAUACAUUUUUAGUUGACUACUCCUUCAUUGGUUUUAAAGGGAAAAAAACAUUUUCUAAUUUAAGGAGCUGUGAUCUUAUUAAGCUGGCAGUGAGAAAAGUUCCUUUAUUUCAAAAUGCUUCCGAUAAUGAGAUUGAAAAGCCUUUAAAAUCAUUUAUGGCACAAGCCUCAGCUAGAUUGAAAUUAAAGGCCAUAAAAACAAAAGUUAUUCCAGUAAAUACCUACUCUCAAAAUACAGACGCACCUCAUGAAAAAGAUCUAUAACUUAAAAUGAAUACAAAUAAUUCAGUAUUGAAUAUAUUCAGUAUGGUAUAUUUUUAUUAUUUUA